GUGAUAAUAGAGCAAAACCCUACUGCUAAAACGCGAUUAUAUUAUUGUUUUGCUUAACGAUACUCCGAAUCGGUACGUCGGUACAUUAAUUACGGUACGUAUAAAUGAUGCAGCACGGACGCUAUAGCCAUUAGAGAUUCUCGCUACGGUUGACCGUUGCCCGACCCUUUGGUUCCCCUGUAACUUUUGUUUUGAAACCAAAUUCGUGAACUCAGCUUCAACUCACUCAUAUCGCCAUCCUCGUACUCGAAGGGAGAGGGAGAGAUAGAUAGAAGGAGAGAAGCAACAAAAGCUACUUUGCCCUUCCGCACCCGGCCCAUAGCCCCCUCCUGCCGGAACCAUCGCCGUUCGAACACCAGGAGCAGCAGCACCUUCUCAGCGCGUUGCUCGGUCAUCCUUCAACUUCAACUUCAGCGCCCACCUCCAUUCAUACUUGGUUCGCUUCGUCGCAGCUUGCGUUAAGCCAGAUCGAUCUGGCGACUUAUUCGGACCUCGUCGACCUUCACAGACCCGUCGGAAAUGCGAUAGCCAUUCUCUCUGCUCAGCUCCUCCAACGGACUGAGAUCGAGCGCCUGCACUCGUGCUCCGCUCUCGCUCUUCAGCCCAACUCGUCACUCCUUUGAGGUCCUGAGCGGCCUGCAUUGUUCCUAUGAUCAGAGACCAGAUCGCACCGUCUGGCCCUAGACCAGCGGGUCUGCCCUCUCAAAAGUCCUCAAAGGAGAACCACGACCCCGUUGUUUCUGCUCCUCGACCACGCCUACCUAUUGGCCGAGAACCACCGCCUGUUUUGAAUAAGAUACCCUUGCCCUCAGAACAAGCCUCGGGCGAACCUCUGGACUUUCUGCCCUCCCCAAGUUUCGACGAUCUGCACAUGAGCAUAUCAUCGGCAUCUGACGACCAGAGACUCGAGCCUUUCCCGGACACAAAAAGAGAACCUAGCCUGUCCAGCAGCAUGAUGUCCGACAGACCUACCGGUGGUGUAAUGACCCGAGAAGCGGUUGAGGCGAAAGGUUUAGCCGGCCGCGGGGCGCCUAUUACAAGGCCAGUUCGGAGUGGCUCUCUUUUAAGGAGGCAGAGUACCUCAAAUCGACAGAGCAGUGUUUCCUCUACAUCGUCUGCUAUACCUGGGAGCAUGGACCCGCCCACAGCCCCGCUUGCUAUGCGCACACGCAGACAGAACCAGUACCCCCCAAUAUCAGCAAAUAACGGAGGCAAAGGACAACGUAAAUCCAUCGGUUUUGGCGGCACUGAAUCCGACACGUCUUUCAGAACAUCUCACAGACGCAGACCAAGUUUAGCGUCCAGUAUUACGGCGUCUGCAUCAAAUCAAAGCUUGUCAGAUGCCACAAACGGCAGUCGGAUGUCGGAUUCGUCUGGAAACUUUCAAGGCGACACUUCACGUCUAACAACACCACGCGCAUCGAAAACAAAGUCUCUCCAACCUCCAUCUCGUCACAACCAAGAAUCAUCGUCGACCCCAAGAGGCACCCCUGAUCAUUCUAGAUCAUUAUCAUAUGCUGGGAAGUCACCCGGCCGACACAACGGGCGCAACACGUCGACUCCAUCAUCAGCAGCAAGGCGUAUGUCGCAAAUGCCUUCAUCCAAUUCACAUGCAUCUGGAUUAGGCGCAAGGACAAUCAGUCCUACGGAUACGAGACGAAUGAAGCGGAUGUCUACCAUGCAUGGUGCUCCACCUUUGCCAAAUACUCCGCCUGUGAACCAGCAGGAUCCUUCCCAUCUAAGAGGAUCGUCACGUUCGCCAUCACUUCUUCCACGCAUGAGCACUACGCCUUCGUCUUUGCGCAACACCCCGGACUUUAGCCGCAAAACGUAUGGAGUCUCUACUGGAUCCAAUGGUGGGUUUACGCCGAGAUCGUCAACUGGAUCGCUCCAGCCCCAGCCUCGCUUGCUUCCUGUGCCAUCGACUUCUAGACUACCUACUCCAAAGUCAAGAAAUGUUCAUAGCUCUGCCGGGAAUGAAGAGGAGGAAGUGCCACCUGUCCCAGCAAUUCCAAAGGCAUAUGAAUCUCCAAAAGAGUCACCUGCCGAACCCCCACUCUAUGCCGCUCGAAAAUCAAGCCUCCCAUUUGAUUCGAGCAGUAUAAACAGCCGGAACAGCAGCUCUACCAAUGAGCUAUCUGGAACAUCAUCCGGAAGAGAUCCCAGAAAUGUGGACUCAAGCUCUCACUCUAGAAUACAGCACGGCAUGGGUGCUGGGUCAGAUGCUGAACAACAUGGAAAGCGUGGGCCCCCUAAGAAAAAACACCUGCAGCCAUUGCGACUCCCUCCACUUAACCUACUUCCCCUGAGCACUCCAACUGCAGCAAAGAUUGCUGCUUUCCGCAAUGAUGCAGCUUCAAAUUCCAACGGGACAGUAACGCCACCACCAAAACGAGCGAGUGCGAAGACCCCUACAACACCUAUGACAGCAUCGAAAUCUACAUUCUUUUCACACAAUCGUGAUGAUAUGUCGGGCCAUAUCACCGACCAGUUGCGAAGCAGCACAUCGAUCCAGCAUUCAAGGCAAGACAAUGGAUCUACAAGUCCCACAAAGCCGCUACCCGCGCCACCAAACCCGGCACGACAGAACGCUGUGUCACCAUUCAUUUCAUCGUCCUUACCAAAGAACAGUGGAGAGUUCAACUUUUUGCCAAGACCACAAACAAGUGGUGACUUCCCAACCGACUUUUCUGGCGAACAGAGGCUGAGUAAAUUAAAUGGCCCUCGGGCUCUGAAUACUGCCCUGCCACCCAAGGCUGAUGAUCCCCCAACUUACGAUCAGUCAAGCCAAGACGAGGCCCAGACACCGUCGUCGGCGUCAUCGCUUCGGAGAAAGCUCAGCCUUGGCUGGAGACGUACUGGUUCUAAAAGCAGCAUUAGCUUGUCUCAUGCAGCGAACGAGAGGGCGGCUAACGACAAGAGCUCGGAAUAUGCACCUCAACCUCCAAAGCACGAUCCAAAGCAUAAUGACAUGCCACCUCCAAGACUUCCUGCGUCGAUGAGUAUGCAGAACGUUAACAGCCAGGCGGCAACGUCAAGCCCAAGCCCGACUGUGAAGCCGAUGUAUCUGGAAUCGAAAAGACGGAAAAGCUCCAUUUCGAGUCUCACGCUACCCGUUGCUCAAGAACGCACACAAGGCAAUAACUGGGGUAUUACCCCCCGUGGUCCGAAGAAAGAGGAUACUACAGAUAUGAAGCCUCUACAACCCAAGCUCAACCCGCAGCGAUCCUCGGCUUCAAUGAUUGCCCAUGGCCAGAGAAUAAUCGGACCCAAGGCGUCCUCGAGUGCCUUGAGGCCGGUGAAUCCUUACGCUUCCAAGCUCGACAAGGAUGACUUAGUGGCAGAAGAGGAGAUGAGGAAAAUGGCGUCAAGGCGGAAAGAGACCGAGCAAGCUGCGAAAGUACUCGAUGCCCUCCGAAAACGUGCCACGCCCAAGGAGAGGGUAUCUCCGCAACAAGCAGUGCAAAUGGCACAUCUGAACAUUUAUGAGCGCGGUGAGAUUGUUGACUUCAAGGAUGUUUACUUCUGCGGCACGCAAAGCGCAGCCAAACAUGUUGGGAAAGUUCAAUCUGAUAAUGCCAACUUUGGCUACGACGAUGAACGAGGAGACUACAGCAUUGUAAAGGGCGACCAUCUCGCAUUUAGGUACGAGAUCAUCGACAUCCUCGGAAAGGGUAGUUUCGGUCAAGUUGUUCGAUGUAUCGACCACAAAACUGGCGGCUUGGUUGCUAUCAAGAUUAUUCGGAAUAAGAAGAGGUUUCAUCAGCAGGCACUUGUGGAAGUCAACAUCUUGCAGAAGCUGCGCGAAUGGGAUCCAACAAACAAACAUAGCAUGGUCAACUUCACGCAAAGUUUCUACUUCCGUGGCCAUCUUUGCCUCUCUACUGAACUUCUUGAUAUGAACCUCUACGAGUUCAUUAAGUAUAAUGGCUUCAAGGGGUUCUCGUUGAAGCUCAUUAGGCGCUUCACCAAACAGCUUCUGGGCAGUCUGCUUCUUCUUAAGGUUCACAAGGUCAUCCACUGUGAUCUCAAGCCAGAAAAUAUUCUACUUGCUCACCCAAUGCACUCGGAGAUCAAGGUUAUCGAUUUCGGUUCCAGUUGCUUUGAAAACGAAAAGGUAUAUACCUACAUUCAAUCUCGAUUCUACCGAUCGCCAGAGGUUAUCCUCGGUAUGAGUUACGGAAUUGCAAUUGACAUGUGGAGUGUUGGCUGUAUCUUGGCUGAGCUUUAUACCGGCUAUCCGAUUUUCCCUGGCGAGAAUGAGCAGGAGCAGUUGGCCUGUAUCAUGGAAGUGUUUGGACCACCAGAGAAGCAUCUUAUUGAGAAGAGCACAAGAAAGAAGCUCUUCUUCGAUUCUAUGGGCAAGCCACGACUCAUUGUGUCAUCGAAGGGCCGUCGCCGGAAGCCUUCGUCGAAGACCUUGCAACAAGUCCUGAAGUGUGACGACGAGGUGUUCCUGGAUUUCCUUUCGAAGUGCUUGAGAUGGGAUCCAGCCAGACGAAUGACGCCAGACCAAGCUGUUCAACACGAAUAUAUCUUGGGACCAAAGACAUCGCUAUCAGCACCACGACCCCUUGGAGGCACCAGCAGAAAUGAAUCGCCAGUCAAGCGAUAUAAUACUACGGCUACCUCCCAGAGUAGCCAGCGACCUCUCCCAGAGCCUCCGGUGACUGCACUUCGCAACGGUGGCACGAGGACUCGUGAUCCUAGUCCGAAUAAACCUCCGGCCCCAAGGAGAUUGUCCAAUGUACAUAACCUAAGCAACCCAACAAUCUCGACCGCGAGCAAGCGCGCCAGUAUUGGCCCUGCAGCCCAGACCACAAGUGGGCUACCGAGAGUCGCAACACGGAGCACGAGCGGGAGGCAAGACCUGGCCAUCUCAGGAGCCGGAGCAGCGAUGAACAGGAGAGGAUGAAAAGUGAUUGACGACGUUUACGAACAAUAUUAUCGGCGGCAGAUAUAUACAUAUGACGAGGGGGAUGACGGGGACCGGAUGGGGUUUAACGAUAGGGUAGUCGGUUCUACUUCUUGCGCGUGUGUGUUCAGCAUUGUGUGGCGUGCAUAGCUUUGCGAAUUGGCCCCUACGCAUUUUGCGGGCUUCUGCUUGCCUCGGGCGGGACAGUGUUUUUGUGUUUUGACAUACCCUGAUGCUUUUCUCUUUUUGUUCGCGAGAUGGAAGCGCCACGGGAUGUGGCGGACAUGGAAUAGAAGGAUGGAGUGUGGGCGGGGA